AUGUCUUCGGCAAUGAGACGUAUGAUGGGCGCCAAAAAGGCCGCCCAGAAGCAACAGGCUGAAGCUGAGGUUCCUGCAGACACAGCUUCUUUGGCAGAGCAGGUACAGAGCUUGAGUGUCAAAGAUGAGCCAGCCGAGAUGUCACAGAGUACCCCCGAGCCUGUUCCAGAGCCUUCCGCCGAGCCUUCUAGUUCUUCCAAGUCUUCUAGCACUUCUGAGACUUCGAAACAGGGACCAACUGAGCCUAUCAAACCAGUUCAGACGAAGCCUGCCAAGAGCAAGGCUCCUAAGACUGCACCCGCUUCUACAGGGUCAACCGAAGAGCCCACUUCUGGAAAAUCGAAAAAGAACAAAAAGGGCAAGGAAGAAAACGCAGUGCCCACUACGCCUUUGAGCGUGUCUCCACCUCUACUCAACCCCGAGCACGAAAUCAAGCGAAUCUACGGCAACAUCCGACUGUGGGAUGAAGACGGAACCGCAGAAAACUUUACCAAUCAGCUUACAAACAAUCAGAAAAAGAACUUGGAAAAACUCAGCAGAGUCUGGGGAGGCAAGGACAAACGAAGUGUGCCUGGAACCACUAAAAAGCUGACCCUUGUCACCAUCAAACCCUACUGGAUCCCUCAGAUCAAGUCGGAAAUGAGCGUGGCCCGACUCUCGGCUGACCCAGGAGCAUUCAGAUUCACACAUUCUGACUCCUAUGCCGAGGGAGAGUUCCAAUUUGUCCAAAGACGAGCUAUCGGACAAGAUUCAGCCGAUCUGUUUGGUCAGUACCCCUACAACGUAUCCACUCUGAACCAGUUGGCUGGAAACGGUAUCAACACUGGUCAGGCUAGCAGUGAGUCUGCCGACCUCAUUGAACGAGCUCUGUACGUCUUCAACCGAGCUCUACUAACCUCUUCACAGGCCGUUCUUGGCCAGUCCAAGUUCCAGUUCAAGUACGUUGAAAACAGGCAAUUCUACCGAACCCUCUACCUAUACAUUGACAUUCUGGCGCGACGAGGAUUGUGGAACACCACUCUCGAGUUCUCCAAGCUCAUCUACUCUCUGGACGAUGCCGACUACGAUCCCUACGGAUGCAGAUACAUGAUGGACCAUUUUGCCGUACAGGGAGGAGACACUACAGCCAUCAAGUACAUGUUAGAGCAAAAACUGGCCCCUCAACUAGGCUACUCUCUUGCUCUCGCCUUACUACUUGAUGGUAAGGAUGCUGAGGCCGAACAAGCUCUCAGAACAGCGAUCAAGACCUUCCCCUGGAUCGGAUACACGCUCGCCGAGAGCCUGGGAACCCCACACAACCACCGAUUCGACUCAUCCGGCUCCGACUCGGCCAUUGAGGCCCAGUCACAGCUCUAUGUGCUCAGAAACCGAACUCUGUGGGACGAUCCCAAGCCCAAGAUGCUCUUCACCAAGGUCUGGGAUACCGUGGCAUUUGACUAUACCCGAAGCAAGGGACCUGCUCACUGGUACAACAUGAAUGAGUCGCUGAAACGUCACCUGGUCAUUUCGGGAGAGCCCACUCUGUUGAAAUACGCCCAGCCUCUUGCCGAGUCUGAUCUCUAUGAUGAUGAUCCUGUUCCUCCUCGAGAAGACGUCAACGUUUACUCUUCCGGCGAGUUUGCUGCUUCGGAUGUGACUCUAGCAGGCCAGAAUGACGGAACUGAUCAGGCUCAGGACGGAGAACUGGCUCCAGAGGUGGUGGCUGCUCUGGCUCAGAUACAACAGCUGUGUGCCGAGGCAGGUAUGGAUGUGAUGGAGGCUUUCCAGAUGGUUUCCAUGGACGUUCCCGAAGCCAUGAGAGGGGUGCUUUUGACGGAGGUCGUCAACUCUUUUGCUGAUGAGUAA